AUGACACAUUUAAAUCAAAAACAAAUAAUGGGAGAUUCGUUAGAUUUCCUAACAAAGUAUUACGGUAUAUGUAAUAAAUUAAAAAAACGUUUUUUAAGGAAACCAAAUGUUGCUGAAGUCAGUGAUCAAUUUGGUGCAUUGGCAAUUGAAUGUGAACAAAAGGAAUUAUGGCAAUAUGCAGGCUUGUGUUCAUUAGAUGCAGCUAAAUGUCAAGGAACAUUAGAAAAUAUUGUUUCUGAGUUAAAUUUUUUAGUAAAAGCUGGAAGAGAAUUUCUGUUAGGCUGAAUAAGUUGUUUUGGUCAUGCUUUAGUACGAUGUCAUAAUCAAUCAGGAUUGAAUACCAUGUCAGCUGGACUAGCAUUGGAAUUAGCAUUAGCUUUAGAUUCUACUCCAGCUGGUAUUCAACAAUUACGUAUAGCUAUUGAUAUUUUUCCAACUACAAAAGCUAUUAGUACAUUGGUGUCUUAUCAUAUUAAACAAAGUGAUUAUGUUUCUGCAUUACAAAUUCUUAAUGACUUUGUUGACUUUAUUGAGAGUUAUAUUAAUGCUGGUGCAAGAGGCAAUUACAAUGUCAUAUUACACAGGUGUGAAGUAACUAGAGUACUCCUAUUACUUAUACUUCAACCAUCACCACAAAGGCUAGCACCUUCUUUGGCACAGGUUUUGGAGAAGUAUGCAUGGAUAGAAGAAACUGCAAAUAAUGAUUUUAACAUGAGUGAAGAUGAACUAUUAUUGUUGCAAUCAUUAGUACUAGCAUGCCAGUCACAUGAUUAUCAAGCAUUGUUGGAAUUAGAAGGUGAAUUGUGGCCUUAUUUAAAUGCUGAACAAAAAGAGUUACUGCAUAAAUUAAUUCAAGUGUUAACAGCGCAAUAA